AUGGCCAUCGACGGUCGCGACGACUUCCCAGAACUCAACUGGUCUAACCCUGCAGUGCACGAUUCCAAGCCCAGGCCAGGAUCGGGUAUGCUUCCUCCUUUACUCCUUCCGCCUACAAGGCCAAACGGCGCGCAGCUUGCGCCGUCGCAAGAGGAAACACGGACGGCCAUACCCCAUGCGCGGUCGUACUACUGCGCGGAGCACAACGGCUGGGUCCUCCUCUGGUCGGGCACGUCUACAAUGUCACCGCCUCUCGCCCGUACCAUUGACAACCUCCCGGACCCUACGCGGCAAAAAUGGACCCAGUCGUGCGUAGGCGAUGGCGAACAGCCGUUCGGGCAAGUGAACGCCACUGGCAUCGCUACGAACGCGCCGUUGACUCGCAGUACCUGAGCACGCCGUUCGAGCGCGAAGAGGAAACCCUCCUCGACCUGCAUCUCUGCUGCCAAUGUACGAAGUAUUGUAUGGUCUCCGAAGUCCUUCCGGGCGUAUUACAACUGCUUCCGGCAACCUUGGUGAGUCUAUUUUAGAUAUCUUAGAUACCCUCGGCCUGGCUGCUGUUGUAUGUA